GUUUGGGCAACUCUGGCCUCAAGAUCUCCAAGAUCAUCCUAGGAGCCAUGUCCUAUGGCUCCAAAAAGUGGCAGGAUUGGGUCCUUGACGAGGACGAGGCCCUUCCUCUGAUUGAACAUGCCUACAAACGGGGCAUCAACACAUGGGACACAGUAAGUGGGCGCUCACGGGCACAAAUAAAGCGAUGCAGCCAUAUUCUCUGACCCGAGUAAUGCAUUGAAGGCCGACACAUACUCCCAUGGCGUCUCGGAAGAGAUCAUCGGCAAGGCCCUGAAAAAGUACUCCAUCCCCCGCCAUCGGGUCGUCAUCCUAACCAAAUGCUACUUUGGCGUCGCCGACGAAACCAACGAGGGCAAAAUGCCUCCUAUCUCCGCCUGCAACCGAAACGACGGCGAGUGGGCGAACCGUGUGGGACUCUCCCGCAAGCACAUCUUCGAUGCGGUCGACGCCUCCGUCAAGCGGCUGGGCACGUACAUCGACGUGCUGCAGAUCCACCGUCUGGACCGGGAGACGCCCCGCGAGGAGAUCAUGAAGGCUCUCAACGAUGUCGUUGAGAGCGGGAAGGUCCGAUACAUCGGCGCCAGCACGAUGGCCGCUUGGGAAUUCCAAACCCUCCAGAAUAUCGCCGCCCGCAACGGCUGGCACCAGUUCAUCUCCAUGCAGAACUACCACAACCUCCUCGCCCGCGAGGAAGAACGCGAGAUGAUCCCGUACUGCCUCGACUCCGGGGUCGGUCUCAUCCCCUGGUCGCCUAUGGCGCGCGGUGUCCUGGCCCGACCCUGGGGCUCACGCUCCUCCAUCCGUGAGAACAGCGACGCGACGCUGCAGCUGCUGGUCCGCAACCGCGAGACCGAAGCUGACAAGGCGAUCGUCGAUCGGGUCGAGGAGAUCGCGAAGAAGAAGAAUAUUUCCAUGGCGCAGGUAGCCAUUGCUUGGGUGCUAAGUCAUCCCAAGGAAAACCCUAUUCUGGGUCUGUCGAGCAAGGAGCGGAUCGACGAGGCGGUUGCUGCUAUCAAGGUGCAGCUGACACCGGAGGAGAUAAAGUACCUCGAGGAACCUUAUCGCCCCAAGGCUCUAACGGCUCUUGAGCGGUGAUUAUUCGUAUACAUGCAUGCAAGGGUGUAUCCAUCAGUGUCUGGGUACGUAAGUGGUCGCAUUUAUGCAGUGAAGCUGCUGAGGGUUAAACGAUAGUUUCAGACGCUUUUCUAUGUACACUCUUCUAGGUAAUAUCAUAGAUGAGAUGCCCCUUAGAUGACCACACAGAUGGGAUACACAAAACUAGGAAAAUGCAAGACUGGAA